AUGGGCGACUUCGCCCAGCAUGAGAAUAGACAAGUUCAAAUUAGCGGGCUUGUUGAGACACUUCCAACUUCUAGGUCUCCUGUAUUGGCGCUCCUAGAACGAGACUCUCUCACAGGAACUAUAUUCGGCACGGCUGUUUCAGUGAGACUGCCAGGAUCCUCAAAGAUGUGUGAAAUCUGGACUGUCCAACUUGAUGGCAAUAUAGAACAGGGGGAUUGUGGCUCUUUAGUUGUCGACCCAUCCAACGGGAAUGUAUACGGACACAUUGUGGCAGGGAAUAUUGGGACUGGCUUUGCUUAUAUUGUCCCUGCGUAUCACACGCAACAAGACAUUAACGAACGCUUCGGGAACAAAUUUAAAUUCGCUACCACCGAAGAUUACAAACUCAGUGUCACAUCCGAAACAGGAUCAACGGCUAGCAAAAGGAUCGUAUCAACUUUUGGUGAUCUCGGACCAGUCUUGAGCUUAGACCAGAUCGUGGGUGAUGGCUCGGCAACCUCGAGUAAGCCUGCUGUCUCCAGAGCUUCCAAGUUAGAUUCAGGGUUCAAAAAGCCCUCGGCGGAGAUUCCAGGACAACAGCAGACCUUGAAAGAUACCGAUAAUCUGUCAACAAUCCUUCCAUCCGUUCUUGAUCGCCCAGCUGAUGAAAGUCAAUUGCAUCCACUCUGGAGACCUGCGGAUUUCUGGGAUGAUCUCGUAGAUGUUGAAGAUAUCGAUGAUGACAGCGAAUUCAGUCGGUACUCAAUGAUUGAAACACCGCCGAAACGAAGUUUCAUUCGGAAGCUGAAAGCGUUCGCCAUUCGACCAAUCCAGGAACAAACACGGAGGGCCGCCCGAACUCUCGCUCUUCGGCGCUCUAUUCGCGCCAACCCCAAUGACAAUGACGAGUAUGAUAAUCAUCACGACUCACGUGUUGUGAGGAGAACAUCAAGUGGAAAUCUGAGAGUUGUAGACCGGAGGAGGAGCACCAGUCUCACUGGAGAUCCAAUCCGAGGGGCUAUCUCCAAGUUUUCAGCCUCAGCCAAAAAACUGUUCAACCCCAAGCCAAAAGAAAAAUUAGGCGAAUUGAGGGUGCCCAGCCAGGAAUUUGUGGAUCUCGGUCGCGAUGAAGUGCUGCCUUGGUGA